AUGCAUACCCUCGUUUCUUGUCCAGCUAAAGUUCUCAUAGGCGGAGGUUAUCUGGUUUUAGAUCCAGCAUAUACUGGCACAGUGGUGGCCACUUCUUCCCGUUUCUACGCCUACUUCGAUGCAAAGUUUACCCAUGAAGCCUAUCCAAACGCCUUGGAAGGUGACUCCGCCAGCAUGGAAGACCAAAAUACUCAUUCCGAGAAACUACUGCUCGUUUUUCGAUCUCCCCAAUUUGUGGAUGCCGAAUGGACUUAUCUGAUCACCAGGACUACGCGGCAAGACACCAAUCACAGCUUUAUAGCUGUAAGACAGAUGUCCGAUAAAAAAGGGUUAACAGCUAGAAACCCAUUUGUGGAAGUUGCCAUCCUAGAGUCUUUUCGCCUUGGAUUUGCAUUGAAUGGAUCGCUGGGCUUCGAAGUACUUCAUGGAACCAGUCACGUGACCAAUGGGUCUCUUCCUAUGGGAACGAUCGUCCUACUGGCAGACAAUGAUUUUUACUCUCAACCAAGAGAUCAGUCUAAUCCACUACCUUUCAAUGCACUUGGUGUUCCAAUUGCAGAAGUUCACAAGACUGGUUUGGGGUCAUCUGCAGCCAUGGUGACUUCAGUAUGCGGUGCAUUAUUACUCCGCAUAGCGCCGAAUCUCUUGGUCGACCAGGUGUCAGCUCAAGGGAAAAUUGGAAGCGGAUUCGACAUCAGUGCCGCUGUAUGGGGAACACAUGUUUACCGGCGAUUUUCAGAAGAUUGUCUACUUGCAUCGAGUGCAUCGGGGGUGGAGGGCUCUGCGGCGGAAUUGUUGGCUCUAUUGGAUCCAAAAAUGAACCCUCUCUGGACCAAUGAUGACACCGCACCGCGGGUAAAACCAUUUGCCUUACCACCUCUGACAACUCUGAUGUUGGCAGACGUGGAUGCCGGUAGCCACACACCGAGCAUGGUAGGGAAAGUACUUUCAUGGAGAAAAGCCAACACAGACGAAGCCAAUUCUUUAUGGGACAAUAUCUCGAUCCUCAAUGAACGACUGGGCGAACUAUGCAUCAAGUUGAAUGAGAUGUUCAACACCGAUAAGCUCGAGUAUACUGCGACCGUCAGUCAACUGAGCCAUCAUUCAAACAUCGGAGAGAUCGGCGGAUGCAAACCAGUUUCUGAGAAAGAUGAUACCAAGGCCCUGUUCUUGAAUUUGCGAGCAACCAUGCAACAAACCCGGAAACUGAUGCGAUGCAUGGGUGAGGCAUCAGAUGUCCCAAUAGAACCGCCGAGCCAAACUGAGUUGCUUGAUAAAUGUGACGAGCUUGCCGGUGUCGUUGGCAGCGGUGUGCCCGGUGCUGGCGGCUACGAUGCAAUUUGGGUACUCGUCUAUUCGCCUGAAACAGCUUCCCUGAUUGGUGCUGCAAAUGUGGUGAAACUAUGGAACGAUUGGUCGAAUGUCUCGGUUCGAGCUCUCUCAAAAGAUGCAUGCGUAGCGGGUGGUACCUUGAUCCGACCCACGGGUAUCAGACUUGAGACCAUGAAGGAGGUGAAGGGGCUUGAGGAUGUAUUGAGUGGUAAAAGACGCAUGAGUACUGUGGCGAUCCCAAAUUGA